AUGAACGUCAACACUGCUCACCGAUUUAUUAAAUCGCCCCAUUUCGCUGUUGUUGGAGCAAGCACGGACCGUAGCAAGUACGGCAAUCGAGUUUUGCGUUGGUAUCAAGACUUUGGAUUGCCAGUGACACCUGUGAACCAUAAAGAGAAACAAGUUGAAAAUCUAGCUUCGAUAGCCAGCAUUGACGAGCUUGAGAACCCCACCGAGACAGCGUUAUCAAUCAUUACACCACCCAAAGUUACCCUGCAAGUCUUGAAACGAGCCAAGGAAUUGGGUAUCUCCAAAUUAUGGCUUCAACCUGGUGCUGAAGAUAAGGCCGUAUUGGAUUUUGCCCGAGAUGCUGGAUUAGAUAUCAUUGCGGGUGGUCCUUGUAUUCUAGUCAGUGGUCCAUCCCUCCUCACUCAACGUGCUCAAUUGUAA